AUGGCAGAUCGCAAGCCUCUUCUCAAGACCGAGGAGUCCUCCGUAGGCUCUGUCGACACCGCGAAUUCUCCAUCAGCAUCGAAUUCAUCCCUACGACCAAGCGGUCCGAAGAAAUCAGACUCAAAGACGGGUCAGACCAAGAUCACCACACCGGCCCCUGAAGGACCUCAUCUCAAUGGCUCAGAUGUGCCCAAUACCACAGUCGCAGAGGCCCCUCAAGCCGGGGACUGGAUGGAUUCCAAGUACACGAUUCUCAUCGUCUACCACGUCCAGCUCAUGUACCUGGCCUGGCUCUUCGUCCAAGCAAGAAACAAUCCAGCCGCGGCGGAGACCGCCUGGAAGUGCGCCGGCAUGGUAAUCAUUGGGUGGACAUAUCGUUUCCUCAAAGCCCACACUCGAGAUCCUCGCAUUCUCUAUCCGCUGGUCUUCGUCAACACCCUCUGUUGGUUGAUCAUUGUGGGCGAGCUCCGAUGGCCAAACCGUGUCGCAGGUCGCAACGUCGCACCAUUUUGUGCAACUGCAUGA